CAAGAUGACAACUGUUUUUCAAAUAACUUCCAGACCUAUUUUAAUUUUAUCCAAGUGUAUAGGUUUAAUUGAUAUUUCGUACAUUGUAGAACCGACUGGAUUAUUGGUUUACAAUAUAAAUUCAACAUGUCACGUAUUUCUAGAAAUAAUACGAAUGAUUGUAUUAACCAUCUGCACUUUUGUAUACUUUAAACAGUUUGAUCAAGAUGUUCAUAUUAUUCAAAUAAUACAUAUUAUUCAGUUUUGGAUUGUCAUUAUCGCCGCCAGACUAUCAACAAUACAGAUAAUCAAAUUUAUUAAUGGCAUUAUCGAGUUUGAUCGAAAAAUUAAAACACUCUCAAAAAAUUUAAUUAUUCCACAGCGUUUAUGGAAAAAAAAACAUUGGGAUAUUACAUACAUUUCGAUAUUGGCAUACUUCAUUUUAUUUAAAUUUUUUCAAUUUUAUUUAUUGCACCCUAAAAUAGAAAACAUUCAAAUAUUAGUACAUCAUGCAUUUUUUAGUUCUCCUUAUCUUAUGGAUUAUGUAGUUACGAUCAGUUCGUGCUUUUUUCUUCAAAACAUUUAUGUCAGAUUCCAGAUGUUAAACGAUAUCUGGAAAUGUCUUCCAGCUGACUUAGUUACCGUUUCCAACCAAUGGACAUACAACGAAAUAGUGGGUGCAAUGGAAAAUACUCGUCUGUUACAUUCCGAGCUCUGUGAAUUAUUGAAAAUGUUUACUCUAGGAUACGGGCCAUUGCUUUUGUGUUUUUUUACAUCUAGCUUUAUCUGUAUGCUUCUCAGUUUUUAUUUUUUUAUCAACAUUAGAUCAAUAAUCGUCAUACAAUCAACCAAAACUGACCUGAGUAGAAUAAUAUCUCUGAUAGUUCAUGUCCAAAUUGUCAUGUUUUUGAUGUCUGUUACCAUUUUCGUUUCAAUGAUAAAUGUAAAGAGAUUGGAGAUUAUAUCAUAUCUACGGUCAUAUCGUAUUUCAAAUUUACACUUGGACAUAAAACGACAGAUCAAAAUGUUUAUGAGUCAAAUAUCAGCUUGCGGUUCGGACCAAAUUUCAGCAUAUGGGUUUUUUGAUAUCAAUUUAAAUCUCGUUACAACCAUAAUUGUUUUAUUGAUUAGUGGAAUAAUCACACUGAUACAAAUGAAAAAUCACCCAUUGAUGUUGCAAUUAAACAAUGACACUAAAUCCUAUUUGGAUAAAAUAUAUAAUGAAAUAUAAA